AUGGCCAGCUUGGUUACAGAGCCACGGAGGUCAGAUCUGAAUUCACCACAGCUCCUGCUGGAUAGAGUCCCAGUGCCAAGGGGUCCACCUGGUCCUAAAGGUGACAAGGGUGAUCAAGGAGACCAGGGGCCGAGGGGUCUGCCCGGCUCCCCGACUGUGGCGGCUCUGCACACUAAUCAGAUCCUCACUGUCAAGGGUGAUCAAGGACAAGCUGGUCCACCUGGUCCACCAGGGCCUCCUGGUCCCCCAGGCCCCCGUGGUCCUCCAGGUGACACCGGAAAGGACGGUCCUCGAGGAAUGCCAGGAGCACCUGGAGAAACAGGAUUAACAGGUCAACCUGGAUUGAUGGGACCUCAGGGACCACCAGGACAAAAGGGCUCUAUAGGAGUCACUGGUGUACCUGGCUUUCAAGGGCAGAAGGGCGAACCUGGUUUGACUGGAAAGGACGGUGAACCAGGUUCCAAGGGUGACGUUGGAAGUCGAGGUGAGAAGGGUGACGCCGGUCUAAAAGGUGACAAAGGAGAAAAGGGUGACCCUGGAUCUUCAGCUGCAGGAAUAAAGGGAGAACCAGGUGAAACUGGAGCUCAUGGACAAAAGGGUGAACCAGGUCUUCCUGGGCUUCCUGGACUCCCUGGGAUAAAGGGUGAGCCUGGCUUUUGGGGUCCUCAGGGAGAACCUGGGUUGCCGGGAUUACCAGGAACAAAGGGAGAGAAAGGAGAUGGAGGGCCACCUGGAAGAGGGGAAAUCGGCCUACCCGGAGCUUCAGGGCCCAAGGGUGAGCCAGGUGACCUAGGGAUGCCGGGACGGCACGGAGCAAAGGGUGACCGUGGAAACGAUGGGGAAAUGGGCCUUAUGGGACCGAGGGGUCCACCUGGGCAGAAAGGUGAACAAGGGGUAACCGAGAUCAUUGACUACAACGGUAACAUUCAUCAGGCUCUACAGAGGAUCACCACCUUAACUGUCACGGGUCCACCAGGGCCUCAAGGAUCUCCAGGAAUGCCAGGACCAAAGGGAGACAUGGGGAACCCUGGUUCACCUGGAGCCUCAGGAAUACAGGGCCCCAAAGGCUCCAAAGGCGACAUUGGUGCUCCAGGAGAUAAAGGAAGCAUGGGCUUUCCUGGAUUAUCUGGUAUUAAUGGAGAAAAGGGAGAAAAGGGUGAGAAAGGAGAUCACGGGAUGGCUGGUCCAAAAGGCUCUUCAAUUGUCGGACCCCCAGGAGCCACUGGUUCACAAGGCCCACCAGGUCCAAUGGGACCACAUGGUCUUCCAGGACCCAAGGGUGAACCAGGGUUGAAUGGUGUUAAAGGAGGGAAGGGUGAACCAGGUCAAAAAGGUGACAGAGGACCCCUUGGUCUCCCAGGUGCAUCUGGCUUAGAUGGACAGCCAGGACAGCGGGGAAUGGAUGGUGCAUUGGGGCCCCCAGGCCCAGCAGGCCCAAAGGGAGACAGAGGUGAAAAAGGAGGUCUUGGUAACCCUGGGCCAAGAGGACCUACAGGUUUACCUGGUGUUGAUGGAGACCCAGGGUUGGAUGGCUUUUCUGGUCCUAAAGGAGAUAGAGGAGAGAGGGGAGAAAAGGGGGAAAAGGGAAAGAAAGGCAAAAAAGGGCCUAAGGGGGAGAAAGGAGAACAGGGUGCCCCUGGAUUAGAUGCACCUUGCCCAUUGGGCCCAGAUGGAUUGCCGAUGCCAGGAUGUUGGCAGAAGUGAUGAGUCUAACCUGAAAGCAUGAAGUUUGUAUAUAAUGCUCCAUACUUUGUAUUUAUAUAGUUGUAACGGCUUUAAAAGAAAGUCCAAGAGAGUGUUCACUCAUAGCUGCUCUACUUCUUUAUAGUAAGAAGUUACACAUCAUACAUUAACAGACAGAACAGUUCUGUCAGUGACUCAUCAUGUUAAAGCGAAACAGUGUGGGAAUGUUGUUCACCAGUGAUCCCUGUCAGCUCUGUCCCAUCAUGAGUAUAUUGCAUGGGCAAGUGCCAUCGAUGCGUUUCAGACCAAGUUCUGUCAUAUUAUUGUGACCAAUAGACUGAAGCAGGUCAAGGAUGUGGAAUGCCGUUGGUUGUUUCCGUUGUAAAUAACUUGGCCAUUGCUUACAGUCUCCAACUAAAGUUCCAUCACUGACUUUCUGGUGUUAUAUCUGUUUUUAAAAAGAACUGCAUGAAACAUUUGACUAGUGCUAGAUGUGUGACCACUUCAAACAUAACCAAUUCUGUGCAACCAGACCUGUGACCACGGCCUCUGAACUAUCUUUUUCUUUCUCCAUCUAAAGGGAGGAAACCCCUGGCUCAUUGCCAGAAAGAAAUAAUUGAAAUGCAGAGGAAAAGGGGUUUGAAUUUGCAAAAAGUAGUAAAAUGCCUAACCUUCUGUUGUUCAACAUCCUGUGUCGUGGAUGAAGUAACCAUGGCAGCAUCAGUUUAAUUUUUGUUUUGUGCAAGCCAGCUGAAGUGGAUGUCAGAGCGACUGAGUUUAUAAUUCAGACUCCAAGGGCUCGUCCUUGGCUAACGCACAGACAGUGAGCACUGACACAUUGUGUGGCCAGGCUACAGCAUGGUAUGUUUUUCAUUCAGAGGAUUAGGAGGCACAAGUGGAUUUAAAGGAUUCCAUAAAGGAACCAUGGACUCUUCCUCCUGGAGCAGAGCGGUGUCAGUUCUGAAUGACACAAAAAAAAAGGAAAUAGCUUUUGACCGAGGCUGAACACUGUCCACGAGAUUGUUCAACCCGAGUGGGAAUUUAAACUGGCUCCAGUGGGCGAUUCGGAGUUGACUUUGAAUUGAAAGGAUUUAGUACCGCACAUCUAAAGCAUCUUGAAAAGCACUUUGCUGCUGUUGCCAAACAGUGAAGAGAUGCUGAAGGUAUUAUGCAUGACAAUUAGGAAGACCCCAGCAUGGAAGAACAAGGGUGUCUGAAUUUUAAUUGAAAAGCUCUCUGAAGCCUAUGAUCCAGAAGUAUUUGUUUAAUACAUUGACAACAAAAACCUUCUGUGCCUCAACUAUUCAACACUUUAUAGAUUUGUCUUUCAUAACAUAAAUGCAAAACUGUAGUGUUGCAUUUAAAGGAAUGUUUCCAUUUGAGGCAUUUUAUGAUAAUCUUUUCUCAACUAUUGAUUAUAAUGGUGUGUUCUAUACCUUACUGUCUUUAGCACUCAUUUGCCGUGGACGUAACUUUUCUUUUGAUUCAAGAUAGGUCUUCCUGCAGAUACUUUUACAGAGUCUGCCUUGUGCAGGCACUGCUGCUGCAGGCAGUUUAACCUUGCUUGCGUAGUUUUUUUUGGAGAAACUGCACCUAUUGAUUUAAAACGUGACAUCAGCCCUAUAUUGUGCUUGUGUCCAUAUCCUUUUGUUGGCCCCAGCAUCCGGCAUCUCGUAUGGUCGUUACUGCACAAUUAUAUAUGAGCAAACCUGGGUCUUAUAUGAGCCAAAAGUUUCUGAGAUGGAAAACAAGCACUGAAAGCCUUGUUUGUGGUCAAGGAAAAGAUAAAAUUUCUUCUUAACAUAUUCAUUUUAUGAAGAGAGAAAUUCCAAAAGUAGUAUUUCAUUCCUUGAGUGUAAAUGUUACACAAGCGUUAAUCGUUCAUCUUGCAGUUAUAUCUUGACAUUGAGCUCAAAAGAUAGAUACCUGAUUCCUAUAGAAACCAAUGGCUGCUUUGCUCCUUUCUUACCAUUAUAUUUUUGCAAAAUCUUGUCACGCAGUUCUAGAUUUUUAAUGAGCUGUUGAAUGAUACGUCCAUUGAAUGUAUGUUAUGCCGACUCCAACAAAAGGAUAGAGACUCAAAUCGCAGCCCGCUUUACUUUCACAGCUACUUUGCUUUAAAAAUUGUGGGCAAAAGAUGAGGCAACACUGCAAAGGUCAGGUCCUCACUCUGUCACCAGCACAACCCUGCUGUAGUUGCAAAUGGUUUAUCUUUUCAUAUAUGCGCAGUAUGAAUUCUGUGUUUUAUUAUGCAUAAAAUGUCAGUUAUAUUUUAUUACCUAACUUUAACCAUUCCGCAUGUUCCUAAAGUGUUUUAAUGUAAAAUGCACAGUCACGACAGUGGUUCAUCAAACCAGCAUUUUUUAAGUGUCAGAUGAAGGGAAUAUUUUAUGCAAGCUUUCUUGUUUUAUAUAUAAAUAUACAGUAUAUGUGUGUUUGGUUGUUGUCCUGUUUAAAGCCUCAAAUGUACAAAUGAACUGCUGUUAAUUCACAUUAAUACAUUCUUCAGGCUUUGCCCAAAUUACCUUCACAUCGCACUGCACUGUUGCUGAGUUUAUGUUGAAAACUUAGCUGAGGAAAAAAAACUGUUGGAUGUAUUUCCAGUGCAGACUUUCUAUUUCAUUUUUACUUAAAUUCUCAUGCAUGAAAUCAUUUUGCUGCCUGGUUCUCUGAGCAAAAUGGUGUGAGGCCUACCUAUAUCGUGUUAUUCAUCAAUCUUUGUAGCUUUGUUUCCCUAAAAAUUGCCAAGUUGUUCCCACAUGUUUGUAAAAUGUCCUCCUCAUUUGUAGUAAAGUUCGAAACGAUAGUCAAAUGAGGAGUAUUGGGUUCUAGGUCUUUUCCUUGCAGAAUAAUGCAUGCAAUUUUCUUUUGAUGUGCCAACAGACAGAAGGCACAAAGUUUUUAAAAAAGUAUUUGAGGACAAAAGUAAAUCAUCCUUGGUGUUUGUUUGGAUUAGACGACCUGUCUUCCAUUGUAUUAGCAGAUCUGAUGCAUUAAUAGAUACAAAGACUCAGCUGGAAGCACUGCCAUCUAGUCCUUGCACCAUAAUGUACAUGCGAAACAGCAAUAUAUUUUCAAUCCAGCAAGGCGGGAUCUCAAGGCAUAGCUUGCUGAUUAAUCCAGAUUUUGAGGGAUCAGUCUUUUAUUGCAUUUUCCUUACUCUUCUGUCAGUUUUCCCCAAUUUAACAAUCUAAUACUAGCAGGGGAGUUCUCAAAUGAUAGUUUUAAAGCAGUAAAGAUUACUACUUUUUGUGUACUUUCGCUCCAAAGAUAUAACUUUAUAUUCUGAAAAUUGCCACUGUUUAUUUCAUUCUGUGUGUAUUUAGCCAGAUAUAGACUGAGAUAUCAACUUUAACAAAAUAAUGUAUGCCCCAUUCUCUUCAGUCUUUUAAUGGUAAUAAUUCCUAUUAAAUAGUUCUAAUAGUCAGGAUUUCCGUACUUACUGCCGAGUGUGUCAUCGAAGCUAAGGCAUAGUACUUGCCUCGGGAGUGCAGCAAAAUUACAGAUCUGAAUUCAUAAACACAAAAUACUGUCCUGACGGUUUGAACUGGCUACAGAGAGGUGGUAUGUGUCCCAGCUUCUUGCUUAUUGGAAAAAUAUUCAUUUUAAUCAACCUUUGCUGGAAACUGUGAAAAAUAAUUAUGUUUCUGGAAAUUAAAACAUAUUAAGCGAUAAAGAAAAAUAAUUGUAACAGCUUCUAAAUAAUGUAGACUCUUUCAUGAUCACUUGUCUAAAAUCACUUUAAAUUGAACAACCAUCCCUUUCAGUUUUAUUCCGGGACACUAGGGUGCUCAGAUAUCCAUGUACUGGGCUCUAAUAGCAUUGGCAGAGGCAAUGUUCUGUAGUGUUUGCUAUUGAAUUAAGUUUCCCUUGAGACAGUUGAAUCUGAAAAUGCCCAGAGUACAGGGAGAUUUUUCUGUUUCUCCUGCAGCAUGGGAAGUAGAUUUUGAAGAUUCAUGCAGAGGGAAAGAGGAGGAGAGGCAUCACUGCAGCUCGCUCCAGUAUUUCAGUAGGUUAUGCACACAGGCUAGAAACAGGCCACAAGCCACGUCUAGGAGGCAGCUCUGAGCCAUUCAAACCCCUCAACCCAUUCCUCGUAACUCUGUCCAGUCACAUACUCAUGAAUGCUCAGUUUUCAGUGUCAUGAAUAAAUUGCAUUUUUUGUAAUAAAACAAAUAUUGUUGCUGCCUGUCCACAAACAUCUGCAGACCAGAGGAUCUGUGUGAGGAUACUGCAGAAGGAAAGUGCAGGUUAGUUACAAAAUCCUGGCAUCUUUCUGCAUUUGCCGUUAUCAGAUUAUGUCUAUGGAGGGGCAGGAGCGGGGAACAGCAUUGAAGCUGUCCUCAGAUCUUCCCUGCGUUUCUCACUCAGAAUUGGACCUGGAGCUCUAAAUUUGUGGUGCCCAGAUGCCUCCUGACACCAGCAGUGCACCUUGACUGUACUGUGUCUGUCAGGCAGCCGCUUGUUUGCCAGAAAGCAAGUCCUUGAUCAUCUGAUGAACCAUAGGAAUAAUAUUUGCUACGGAAGCUUAAACUGUGCUCAGAAGUAUUACUUCUGCUUCAAUUCUUUAUAAAUCUUUGGUAAAGGGAAUGAAAAUCAUAUUGUUCCCAUUACGUAAAUUGUUUAAACUGGAGAUAGAUGUGUAAACCUGCCCUGUAAUCAAAAACACACAACAUUCCUUGAUGUAAAGUGGCAGCGCAAUCAUUAGUAAAUUAUCUCUCAAAUAGCAUGAGUUAACAUCCUGCCAGUUUAUGCUCUUUCGUUCUAUAAAUACCUGCCAUUUAAAAUUUACCCUUUUGUUCUGUCACAUGAGUGCUUACAGAAUUGCACUCUAUUCUUACCUCUGUUCCUUCAGCAAACACUCUCAUUGUGUUAAUGACGCACACUUUUUAAUCAAUGCUCCAAGUCUUUCCAACAACAAAAAAAAAUUGAAAGUUCCCAUUCUACAAAAGGAGCCGACGAGAAAAAUAUCAUCUUCUCCAAUCCUUUCAAACCAGGGACACAUAUAACGCUGUUUCCUACUGUUUGUACUAUGUCUUUGCAGGGAAGCCAUCUGCUCUAGUUGAAUGUCAUUUUGGUGAAAUACUUAAAAUGAAUGUGUUUUAAUGUAUUUUUGGUAUGUAUAUUAUAGGCAUGAUUUUAUUUGCUUUCUUUUAUUUUCACUGCAUUUAUUUUUUCCACAGUUAAUAUAGUCUAAAAGACAGGAAUUGUACUGUCCUUUGAAUGUAACAGGAAAUAAAUGUCAGAUUUUAAAUUCAGACAAGGUCACACCUCACCCUGCUACUUUGACUGAGGUGAAAUUGGUGUUGUGUUUUUGAGUGCAGCAGACGCAGACAUAAAAAAGGUUAAAGUUAUGUCUCUUUGGUCAUUAAAAAAGCAACUUAAUAAAUUUAACAUCUUACUCUUUGUGUGGGUUGACUCUGAUGGCAUGAUGAGGAAUUACAUUAUUAAUUUAGUUUUUAUUCAUUUUAUAUCAUAUGUUUGAACUUUAUAUAUUUAUAUGACUUUUUUCACUUUACAUCAAUUGUGUUUUUGUAUAUUUCCAAAAUGUUAUUUUAAUAUUAAGAAGUUGACCUUCAGAACUAUUUUUACAAAAUGCUUUUUUUGGCAUAAAUUAUAUGUGACUCUAUUAAUCACAGCCACCUCUCUACUGGUAUUACUGUGUUUUCAUUGUACAAACUUCUGUAACACAAUGGAAAAAGUGGAGUGCACUCUUCUUUAUCUGUUUUCUGCUGCUGGUUAUUUGAAUAUUGUUGCAUCAAUCACAGGAGUUGCAAAUACUUUUUUAUAAUAUUCUGACCACUAUUGGUCAAUUGUGCACAAUUUUUAUUUUGUAGUAGCACAUUGAGAAGUUAUUUUUGAUUAAGCCUGCUCUAACUAAAGCUCCAUUACCAAUAUUAGCUACCUGACAGGUGUGCACCACAGUAGAUACUAUUGGCUGGAUCACAUAUUUUUCCAGUGCAAUUGUUGUGUUUAUUCAAAUAAGAAUGAAAAUAAAUAUAAUGUUGAUGGCAUUAGGCCAGGAUGGUGAUAGUUCAAGCCACCUACCAUCUUCCACUCUUAUCCAUGACUGCUCUCAAAACCUUCUGCUAUUUAGUGAAAGUGUUGUCUUGACUCUAUAAAUGCAAGGUAGAGAAAGAGUAGAGAGCAGAACAAAAUAAUUCUAACAAGUAAGCCAAAUUCAUUUCCUAUCUAACUGUGUACCAGAGUCAUUUGCCUUAAUGGCACCAUUCUCACAUUGUACGGCAAACUCAGCAGAGAUGCAGAGAGAGCAGGUGCCCUUAUAGCACCUUGCAAAUGAUUUGUACAAUUACUGAGAUCUGCAAGUAGACAGGAAAUUGCGAGUAACUCAAACUUUUCAUGGGAAGUUAAACCACUAAAGGUUUUCUUAGGCCAAGUUUUAUCCGUUUGUUCAAAGGAGAAAGAUGUCUUCAUUGGAACGGAGUAUAAUUUUAAAGGGAGUCAAAACGUACUUUUGAAUUGUGAACCACACCAGUAUUUUGGUAUUUUAAUGAUAUUGCCAGAAUAAAAAAGCA